AUGCCCGAUCAGAGCUUGUUGAAUGCUAUCUUGGACAGUCCGACAUAUUAUUACACAAAAGGUGCAAACAUUGCAGUCAAAGUUCUCGUUGGCAUCAUGGUUGGAUUGAUCCUUCUAAUGGUUGGCGGAGCAUUGUUCUGGUUGUGGUGGAGAAAUGAUCGUUUACACCCGAAAUUAAAUGAUAACGAUGGUAAUGCAUUUAAUAAUGAUGGAGGUCACGGCACCACCCCCUCAUCGAAGAAGAAAGUCAGCCCAGCUAAAACAGCAACGGAAAUCCUUUCUUCCUCCGCAAUAUCUCCAGAGCCCACGUCUCACACUGGCGGUGGUCAAGUGCCACCACCCGGAUCAUUUUAUAGCGGGACCACCGCCGCAUAUGGAGAAACUCCUGGCGGUGGUCAAGUGCCACCACCCGGAUCAUUUUAUAGCGGGACCACCGCCGCAUAUGGAGAAACUCCUAGUACACCAAUGCCAUCGAUCGGUCGACACGAGCCGGUGCACGGAGAAACGCAGACGGGUUCAACCUUUUACGAUCCCACCACCACACCCGAAUACAUGCAGAUGCAGAUGCAGAUGCCAGUUCCGCAUCCGACACCCUCCACCGGAUUUCCCCGGGAUCAACAAGCGCAAGGGGUUUAUCCUCAGCAACACUCCCAAGUAUAUCCUCCCAGCUACCCUCCGGGAUACUCGCAGGAUUACUAUCGAGGUCAAUGA